AUGUGCUUACCGACGUUCGUGGACAUACACACACAUAUAGAUAAGGCACACACGUGUGAGAGGAGCCGAAAUUUAAACGGCACCCUCGCUGGCGCGGACGCCGCGUGCGCGAACGAUUUCCAACACUGGACGCUCGAAGACGCCAAGCGGCGCAUGGGCUUUGCGAUUCAGUGCGCGUACGCGUACGGGACCUCCGCCAUGCGCACGCACUUGAUGUCGGGUGAGGAGAGACAGAGCAAAAUCGCCUGGGAAGCGUUCGGGAAGUUACGCGAGGAAUGGAGAGGGAAAGUUGAGUUGCAAGGCGUGUCACUCUCGGUGUUGAGCUUUUUCCGCGACGAGACCAAGGCGCGCGCGCUGGCUCGCAUGGUGAAAUCUUAUGGAGGUAUACUUGGCGCCGCCGUGUCGUGUAGCGAUGCAGGUGGUACACCACUGGAUGUCCACACGACGUGCGGUGCCGAUAUGCCCAAGUUAUUGGACGUCAUUUUCUCUCUGGCGAAGGAAUACAAUUUGGAUGUCGACUUUCAUUGCGACGAGAACGGCAAUGAAUCCUCCAAAGGCUUGCUCCACAUUUCUGAGGCCGUCAUUCGAAACAAUUUCAAAGGAUCUGUGGUGUGCGGUCACUGCUGCAGUCUCGCAGUUCAGCCAAACGAACAGGCAAAGCGCAUCAUCGACGCCGCCCGCGAAGCGGGCGUCACCGUUGUUUCGCUUCCAAUCGUUAACCAAUGGCUUCAAAAUCGUGAUCCAACGAACGAAGCGACGCCAACGCGGCGAGGCGUUACUCGGGUGAAGGAGCUUGCCCGAGCUGGCGUGCCGGUGUGCCUUUCGAGUGAUAAUACGCGAGAUCAAUUUUUUCAAUACGGUGACUGUGAUAUGCUCGAGGUAUUUCGAUCGAGCGUUUGCAUCGCGCAUCUCGAUCGACCUUUUGGAUCGUGGCCGUUGGCUUUAGCUGCGAACCCAUCGCGCGCGAUGCGACUUGGCGAAAAGUCGGGAAUGAUUGCUCCAGGAGCGAAGGCAAACUUUGUCUUGUUUCGCGCUAGGAAUUACAGCGAGCUGUUUUCUAGAUCGCAACAUGAUCGAGUCGUCAUUCGUGAUGGUGUCCGCAUCGCUACUGCUUUACCAGAUUAUGAAGAGCUAGACUAA